AUGAGGCUCCAUGCCCUCAGCAUAAGGCACGUCAGGGAUUUAUGCGGAGGAAGGCAGGCAGGGUUUUGGUUUGAGGUUGUCUAUGAGAGCAUCCGCAAGGAGGUAGGGGAACAGGCCAUGAUGCCUCUCAACAUCAUUCUGCGUGCUGCCGCAUGCUUCACUCUCGCAGGUUCUUGUGGUACUGUAACGUCCUCCGUGCCUGCAGCCCUUCAACGCGCCAUGCGAGCUAUGCUGUCCGUCAUUGCCACGGUGCUGCCGGCACUGACCGCAUCAGCCAGCCUGCUUCAGACGCGAGUCAACUCUACACAUCGUGAUCCUGGUGCUUCCAUUAAGAAACCGGUGGGAAUGAUCAGCUCCCGCACAUUCGACGCCCCAAAUUGCGAGAACAAAGGGAAGGAGUGGAAAGACUUCUGCGGGGUCCCUAAGUCGUCGAUUGAGAAGACCGACGUCAUCAAAUUUGAUGGGGUCGAGCAACGGGGCAUCUGCAGUCAGUAUCACCAGGACAGGUAUCUGGAUCAAAUCUUCCGGACCAUAGGCACCACGAACACCUUCUUUGUGGAGUUUGGAGCGCGCAGGCCAGAGGUCCUCAACUCCGCGCACUUCCGCAUGAAUUGCGGUUGGUCUGGCCUGCUCAUGGACGGCGCGCCGGGAGGCGCCGCAAACGGGGCCUGUCCGGACUGCCCAGGGCAGGAGCUCCUAGAUGCCCCGGACGAUGCCCCAGUGCGUCUUCGCCAGGCCUUCAUGACGGCAGACAACAUCAACGACCACUUCGAGAAGAACAAAGUGCCCUGUGAGUUCGACCUUCUCACGGUGGAUGUGGACAAGAAUGAUUACUGGCUUGUGAAGGCCUUGGACUUCAGCCGCUUCAGGCCUCGUGUGGUCGCUGUUGAGUUCAGCAGCUAUUUCAAGAGCGACGAGAAGAAGGUGAACUCCUACAUUGAAGACGCGGUCUGGCACAUGUGGGACAUCACCGGGGCUUCACUCGCGGCCUUGAACGACCUGAUGAGGGCCAAGGGCUACCAACUUGUAGCGCAGGUUGCUGGAGAACACGGCCUCUGGGUCCUAGGCAGCGAGAUGAACGAGGAAGACAAGGGCAUGGAAGUUCCCGAGACAGUCGAGGAAAGCUGGCAGUGGCAGGGCCGGCUCGAGGGGAAGCCCGCCGAGAACUUCGAGGACGUGGAGGCUCCCUGUGAGGACUUCGGCUGCGCCACCUCCGACCCGUCCUGUCCUGAGUGA